GAGGAGGAAGAGACACUUGCUGUUGUCAAUUUACGUUCGUAGAGGUUUGCUGUGAAUGCACUGGCGGGAGAAAGUCGUUUGUGUUGCAAGAAGAUUAUUGUCAUUUAUCUCAGCCUCUGGAACUCGAAAUUACAACCCCAUUGCAUUAUUUUAACGAUUUAGUAACUGUUUAGUGGCAAACUGCGUCGAGGAAGACUAUUUGACCAAAACAACUGCAUCUAGACUGGAACGAUUGGCAAGCCAGUAGGCUAACUUACUAGCUUGCUCUCCAUCAGCCUCUGUUUUUUUUGCUGGCGAGGCACAAGACGUCGGUGUAUGUCCAGCUAAACCUUCGAAACUGUAACUUAUAACCGUUCUAUUGUAUUCAUCUGCAUUUUAACUGGAUAUUCUGCUGUUGUUUGGAGUGGACAGAAAGACACCGGUUUGCAGACCAACCCUCCCUCAUCGCCUGGCUCCGAUAUCCCCGGCUAGCUUGGCUAUCUCACCCAUUCCAGACAGAGGACUGGCUAGUCGGCAGUACAAGGACAUAACGUUACGGCUCAAACUGCUAUUUUGAUUCACUUACGUUAGAAAAGCCCUAAGAUAAUGGCGAAAGUGCAAGUGUUGAAUGUCGCAGUUCUGGACAACCCAAGUCCUUUCGGAAACCCAUUUCAGUUUGAAAUCACAUUUGAAUGCAUGGAGGAUUUACCCGAAGACCUGGAGUGGAAGAUCAUUUAUGUGGGCUCAGCCGAGAGCGAGGAGUACGACCAGGUCCUCGACUCCGUCCUGGUCGGCCCUGUCCCAGCCGGACGCCACAUGUUCGUGUUUCAGGCGGAUGCUCCAAACACAGGGCUGAUUCCCGAGAGUGACGCGGUGGGCGUGACCGUGGUGCUCAUCACCUGCACCUACAGGGGUCAGGAGUUCAUCCGCAUCGGUUACUACGUCAACAAUGAGUACACAGACCCCGAGCUGCGGGAGAAUCCACCUAUAAAGCCAGACUACACACAGCUCCAGAGGAACAUCCUGGCGUCGAACCCGCGCGUGACACGGUUCCACAUUAACUGGGAGGGAAGUGCGGACAAAAUGGAGGAUUCGGAGAACGUGGACCCCUCGCCCAACGCCAUGCUGCCGCCCUCCUGCAUGCCCGGGAAGGCCCCUCCUCUCGGACUGUUGCCAGACAACUCCAUGGACUGCCUGUAAACAAAAA